GAUGUUAAGUAAGAGGUCAUGUUUAUUAUUUAGUUUCUAGGUAACCAGUCCUUUACAACACUCGGCCCAAGCAAUGCCCAAAGACUCCCAUGCCUUUCUUGGUUGGACCAACCCAACCGGGGAUUUCCGACAAGUCUUUCUUCAUUUUUAGAGCAAGAAGCGGAACUACAAGAAAGCUUUCUUUAUCUUUAUGGAUAACCAAUUCAUUUUCAAAUAUAGUUGGGAGACUUUCCUUCGAAUCGUUUAAAUACCCAUCCCUCCUUCCCCAAUCAAGAAAUAUGAGGAGUAGGUUUUAAUUCUCAAAAUACCAACCGUCAAAGCAGUUCCAAGAAUUGAAAAAAAAAAAUGUCUUUGAUUCCAACUUUCUUCGGCAACCGACGAGGCAAUAACUUUGAUCCAUUCUCUGUCAAUGCAUGGGAUCCAUUUAACAAUUUCCCAUCACUCUCCCAAGAGAACUCCGCUUUUGUCAACGCUCGUGUUGACUGGAAGGAGACCCCGGAAGCCCAUUUGUUCAGGGCCGACCUUCCAGGGCUGCAGAAAGAGGAAGUGAAAGUGGAGAUUGAAGAUGACAGGGUGCUUCAAAUCAGCGGCGAGAGGAAUGUCGAGAAGGAAGACAACAAUGACACGUGGCAUCGCGUGGAGCGCAGCAGUGGCAAGUUCUCGAGGAGAUUUAGGUUGCCCGAGGACGUGAAGAUCGAUCAAGUUAAAGCUUCUAUGGAAAAUGGGGUUCUCACUGUUACUGUUCCUAAGGUUGAAGUGCAGAAGCCUCAUAUCAGGACUAUUCAGAUUUCAGGUUGAAGUGACUGAAACAUUAAAAAUCCGAGAAAUAUGUUUUUAAGGAAUUGAUCAUCGCUGUUAAUGUUGGAAGUUGCUAGUCGAUUAUGUUGGUUCAAAUGAUGUAAGAAUGUAAUCAGAAUUCUACUAAUGAAAUUGUGAGUUGUUCAGUAA